AUGGUUACCAUCCACAGCUCCGUCGUUGUUCUCCCCUCUGAGGUCACGCCAUCUUCAAACCUCUCACUCUCCCUUUGCGACCAAAUCAAGCUUCCCAACCACGGAUCUGAGCUCUAUAUCUACGCCAACACACGCAUCACCGAUGAUUCAUCAUUCGCUUCUAUGAUCCACACUCUCUCAACCUCUCUCAGCAAAACCCUCUCUCUCUUCCACCCCUUCGCCGGUAGCUUGAGCCGGAUCCACGGUGGCCGCUUCCAGCUUCUCUGCAACGCCAAAGGGGCAGUCCUCGUAGCAGCCUCAUGCUACACUGAACUAAGUUUUGAAGAUUUGUUCGAGUUCGCUCCCACCUACGCUGUCCCGAAGAUCAACUACGAUGUCCCGAUUGAGGAAGUUCCCUUGCUGGUGGCGCAGGUCACGAGGUUCCCGUGUGGUUUCGUCACACUUGGACUUGCUCUGUGUCGCGCUAUCGUCGACGGAACUUCAGUUUCGGGUUUCGUUAAUUCCUGGGCCAAACUCGCCAGAGGAGAGAGUUUAGAUUCUGGUUUGAUUCCUUUGCUUGGUCGAACGAAACUAGAUUCGUUCAAACUGAAUAAGCCACCGCGGUUUGGACACCCCGAGUUUCUACCACCACCCAGUUGGACACAACGUGAUGAGUUGAUGCAGCAAGAACUUGGUACGGCCAUGUUGGUAAUCACAAAAGGACAGGUUCGUAAACUGAAGUAUAAAGCGUGCGACUUUGGAAGUGGGUACGGUAAGGGUCCCAUACGAGGUUAUACUAGCUUUGAGGUCCUAAGUGGUCACUUGUGGAGGUGUGUUUGCAAGGUGCGUUAUUCAGGUGAUAUGCGUCAACCAACGAGGUUGACCACUUUGGUUAAUUGUAGAAACCGUUUGAGACCAUCUCUCCCCACUGCUUAUUUUGGCAAUGCAACGUUUCCUACUGUGACAGAAACUUGUUCCUUUGAUGACAUUAUGCAGAAACCUCUUGGCUAUGCUGUGGGGAAAGUGAGGGAAGCGAUUGAGAGAAUGCGUGAUGAGUAUGUGAGGUCUGCUCUUGAUUAUAUAGCAUGUGUGGAGGACAUGGAUUUGUUCAGGGACACGUUUUACAACUCCGGUGGGAAAGAUAAGGAAGACCCUAAUUUGUAUGUCGUUGGUUGGACCAAUUUUGCUUCUUUUGCAACGGAUUUCGGAUGGGGGAAACCGGUUUGUUUGCUUCCCGGGAAUAUUAAAUCUAAUGGUAAGGCUUUCAUUUUGGACACUGCAAGUGGUGAUGGGUUCGUUGUAGCUGUUUGUUUGCAGGCAUCGUACAUAGAUGCGUUGAAGAAGCUAUUCUAUGACGAUAUAGAGAAACAUGCUUCUAAAUUGUGA